UAUUAUUUAUUUUAUCAUCAUUAGAUUCGAUGUUUUUUCUUUGAAUUUCAUUUCAGUUCUAAAUAUCUAUUUUUUAUGUUAAAUUUUUCCGCAUAAUGGCCAGAAAAAGAAAGAAGAAAAAUAGUGAUUUCCAAAAGAUUAAAUUGAAAGCCGGAAAAAUAUUACCCAAACAUCUUAAUGAAGCCAGACCCGAAAUCAAGGCGAAAAAAAUCCAAAUUAAUUCGACAAUCGAAUCGAUUGAUCCGAUAAGAUUUUUAUCAAAUUCUUCAAUCAAUACUAAGCUCAAAUUAAUCUAUUUAACCAAAUUCAAUAAGAUAAUUUCGCAAGAUGAUAGUCAAUUGUAUGAUGGUGAACAAAUACAAAUCAUCUGUCGAUAUCUUACUGAUGAUGAUAACCGUGUUCGUUCGGAAGUGUUGAAAGCAUUACGUAUUUAUUUUAAAAAAAUCAAUGCUUGGCCUAAUCGAUCACAAUUUUCACCAACGUUGAUGAUGAUUAUGACAUUUGUUAGCUGUGGUAGUACCCAUAUUGAUCAAAGUAUUCGCAACGAUUCGGAAAAAUUAUUAGCUUCCAUCAUUGAACAACAUGAUUCAUCUAUAACACAACAGUUGAUGCAAUUGUUCAUGACCAAAAUCACUUCAUCUACAUUCAGAUCAUUAGAUUCAAAAUUUUAUCAACUCUUAAAAAAAUUUAUUUAUAAAAUCAAUGAGCAAAUACCUUCAGUAUCGAAUGUCGAACAGCAGGUGGCUAUCGAACCAAAAAAAUUAAUCUGGAAUGAUGAUCAUGUAAAUUUUUUACAAUUGAACGACAGACGAUCUCUAAAUGAACGAUUUUCAAACCCAUCAAGCUUGAAUUUAACAUUUCAGAAUAUUGCUCAAAAUAAUAUCGAUAAAUUAUUCUUUCAAACUGUCAAAGAAAUGGUCAUCAGAGAUAUAAAAUCAUUGAUUGGAAUAGGAACGGGGCGAGUAUUAUCACAAAUAGAUAGCAUCAAAGCUAUCAAUGCACUUGAAAUAAUACGCCAACUUGAUUGUUAUAAGGAAUUGUUUCAAUUUUGGAACAAUCCCGAUGAAAUUCCACGUAUUACAUUGAUGCAAGAUAAUCAACAAUCGACCAGACGACAACUAAUGGAUAAAAAAAAUCAACGAAUAUAUGAUGUUCAGGUGCAUAUAAAUCGUUUAUUAAACAAUUUGAGAUUUUUAAAAAUCAAAAAUAAAUAAUAAUAAAAUGAUUG